CUCGUGACGCAGCUAUUUCCCGUUUAGUCCGCCUACGCUCGUGCUUAGGCAAAAGGGGCAAUGGCACAGUCGCUUAACCUUCGGUAAAAGAAAGUAUACAUAGUUAUAUUGAAUUAAAUCUACAUUAAUGUCGAUAUAUGGACCUGAAGUAAAAGAGGUAUCGCUCGGUGUGACAGUGGUUGUCAAGGUGGCCUCCAAUGGAUUGAGCUAAACCUGUAAGAUAUGGAGGGAGCUGGGCACAGAGGAAGAUGGGACAUAAAAGCCCCUGUUGGCACAAUACUGCUCCUCAUGUGCAUGUUCAUCCCCACUCUGACAUUGUUACAACCUUCAGAGGAGAAGACGUGUCCACAUGGCGACUAUCUCACUGAAAAGGGAAUUUGUUGCAACAAAUGCCCUCCAGGUUUUAAGCUUUUAGAAAUGUGUCAUGCUACGGGUCACAGAAGUAACUGCACAAAAUGUCCUGCUGGCCAAUAUACAGACGAGAUGAACUACUCCCGCAACUGCAGAAGUUGCAGACGCUGCAAAGGAAAGAAUGACAAGGCGAUAUCAUCAUGUGAAUAUAACAAAAACACGAUUUGUAAAUGUGAGGAUGGUUAUUACAAGUCUGUUAUUGACUCAGAAACAUACGAGUGUCAGAAAUGUUCACCGUGUGGACAGAAUGAAAAGCCAAAAGAGAAAUGUACACCAGAGAAAAACACUGUGUGUGAAUGUGAAGAGAACUACUACAAAGUCAAGGGCAAGGGCAAGUGUGAGCCCUGCAAGAAUUGUACCGCUGAGUGCAUACAUCAAUGUCAACCAUCAACUCCUACUCCUCCUCCUCCUCCUCCUCCUCCUCCUUCUCCUACUACAAAAGCUCCUCCGCUUGAAGGUGGAUAUCUUAUCAUGAUAAUUGCUGGAGUUGCAGUUACGGCUGUGAUAUUGCUGGUGCUGUUGGUUCUCAUCACCUACACUGUUACAAAACGGAUUACCAAAAAUAAGUUGCUGAAACCGUACUGUCAACCCUCUGACGUCUCUGUGGACUCAUGCAAGCGAGCCCUGUUCCACAUCGAGGAACCUUCAGACAACAUGAGUGUCAAGGCUCUUCCCCAAAGUCCUGUGAGUGAACAGGAGCCAUACAAUCUGCCUGACUGUGUCCCCCUGGAAGUCAAGAUCCCUGAUCUGAUCUACACGGUGCUGGAUCUGGUUCCUGUGCUGCAGGUAAAGCAGCUGGUGCGUUCUCUCGGUGUGAAGGAUACAGAGAUCGAACAAGCAGAGAUGGAUCAUCGAUCCUGCCGCGAGGCUCACUACCAGAUGCUGAGAGUGUGGGCUGAGAGAGGGUCACGUGCAGGUGGAGGAGGACGAGGUAGAAUGCUGCACUCGCCCUUGUUGCAGGAGUUGUUGGAGGAACUGAGAAAGAUGCACCUGGGACAGGCAGCCGAGGAGCUGGAGACAAAGUACGGCAUUCAGUAGUUCUGCAACAAGUGCCAAGUGGAACAAGAAGCGCAUGAAACCAAGUAUUGUUCUCUUUAGAGAGUCACUCACAGGCAGCCUCAAAGCAUGCUACAGCAGUUUUAUUUUUUCACAGAAAGCAGCGUCACUGAGCACUCUCCCUCUCGUCCUGCCAAACAUUUGCUGGAAAGACGGUCAAACUACUGAGAGCGACAGAUCAAAUGGUUCAUAGAGGCAGAGUCAUAUGUAUAUGUUUGUUUUUUAAAGGAAUAAUAAGACAUUUUAGGAAUUAGCCUAUUGGCUUCGUUGUACAAUUAGAUGAGACAACCAGCUGUUUCUUUAGUAUCACUAUACUGUACAGUAUAUCUUUGGAAAUGUUGGGGAAUAUUUUAUGAUUUCAUACUGGACUUAUAACUUUUUAUUAUACAACAUGCGUUCAUGAUUUGAGUGUUUUCGACUGCAUUUUGUACUAAAUAGUAUCUACUGUUGUACAAACUGUUUUAUACUCUAUCAUAUGUAUUAAGGCCAAUUAAGCUAAUCUAUUUCUGUUAUUGACAUCAGUCACCCUUAAAAGGUGUGUUAAAACAUUGGAGACAUAAGUUUUUUUUUAACACGGGGAAGUAAGUAUUCAUCCGUGCCAUUAAAGUUAACUGGUAAUGUUUUAAUAGUAGUUCCUGGUUACAUUGUUAAAACAGUUCUAGUCUUGUUUAUUUAAAUCUUAUGGGACAGCACGGUGCAAGGUUGGCACUGCUGCCUCACAGCCAGUAGGCACUGCUGAGAACUGGAUCACCGGUCCUUGCAGGACCUUUCUGAGUGGAGUCUCCCCAGGUUUGGGUGGGUUUUCUCUCAAAGUAGUCCGGUUUCCCCCACCAUAAAGACAUGCGUACUAGGUAACUCCUGCCAGUGCCCUUAUCAUUAAGGGCUAAUUAGAUGAUGGGUUAAAUGCAGAGAAUGCAUUCCUAAAAUGUGUUACGUACUUGGCAAAUAAAGAAAAUAGUAUUAUAUAAUAUUAGAGAAAGAACAAUACCAAAGCCAGGGAAGUCUGCAGUUCCUAUUAGACCAGACCCCUGCUACUUAUUUUACAGGCUUUUGACAGCCUCAUUAGCAUUCUUUUGAACCCCAUCAUACAAGCAUUAAUCAUUACUGUCAGAGAAAACAGGACACGCCUUGUUUCAGUCUGCCUCAGCCAAGUCAACUUUUAUAAUUCUAGUCUUGGCCUGCAGGUUCAGUGAUGAAUCAGUCACUCUCAGACAGACUGAGGAUGUGUCAUUCCACAGCACUUUUUUCCUACACUGAAUUGUAUAGCCAAACAGAACAAUUUAUUCACUGAGCAAUCCUUGUUGAGCAGUAUAUAACAGAUUUUGUGCUAAUAUCUGAACUUUAAAUAAAUCUAUCUUUGUAUCUUAA